AUGUCGCAGAGGCCUCCUGCGUCUCGUCCUGCAUCUCGCUCACCUCCGGAUGGUCACGGAAUAGUACUGCCAUCUGUUCAGGUUCGAGAUGGCCUCGAGCAGGCAGGGCCACAGGUGGAGAGACAACGACCGCAGGUAGAAGGUCGAGGUCCACAGCAACCGUUACCAGCUUCCCCUCCACAUUCCCGACCAUCGCAGUUGGCAUUAGGCGGGGAGGACUGGAGACAUCCGGGACCAUCGCGUGAUCUAGGAGUUUAUUCCAUCCUAAAUCCUACUGAGCCGGAAGGCACCGGAGUCCCUAGUCGUCGACCCAGUGGAACAAUUACAGACUCACCGCUUCAAGCUGUUAGCGCUACUUCACAAUUCGGGGUGAGCCGCUCGAUAGGCACACCGCAUACAUUCGCCGCUCCUAAACCUGCUUCGGGCAGUCCACCAUCAGCAGAAGGUUAUGGCCCAAUUCUUUCUCAGCCACGGCGGAUUUUAACACCGAGAUCUCCAUCUCGGGCACUGAGCUUGGGACGAGGGCGUGGAAGGGGGAAUAUUGAUGCGCAUCAAUCCCCCUUUCUACCCGCUAGGGGAAGGUCAUACACUAUGGAGUCAGGGACAUCGUCAGAGGUGCCACUGGUACCCAUCCCACCUACCCAAUCUCACCAGCACAGUGGCUAUCCUCCAUCAGUCUCAACACCGUCUAACGAUCGACGAACCAGCAUGCCGACCAUGCAUGGUCCUAGUCGUGCCCCGUUAUCUCAAAGCGCAAGUCCUAGCAUCUCAGCAUCAUCGCAAAACCCAUCUUCAGCCCAGACAUCUCCUGCAUCACUCCUCUUCCACAAAGGUGGACACGGUCCCCAAGCAACAUCUUCCUACUUUCCCAGCUCCACGUUUGGAACGUCCAUACAACAGACCCCAGGUGGUGGCGGAAUGCAAGGAAUGCAAUAUCAAGGGCCAUCUGGUGCAACAGAAGGUCCGUACAGUGCUCCCGUUCCCCAGACACCAGGAGGAGGCAGCUCUCUGCACUCCAACCCUGCAGGUAGCUCAAGGCAGACGUCAGCUAGCGAUCCCAUCCAAGUCUUGACGAUUACCACGUCAUCAGGGCAGUAUCAAGUACCAGUGGAUGUACACCAGGCGUCACGGUUAGCUGACGAGAAGCGUGCGCGCAACGCAGGAGCCUCGGCGCGAUUCCGGCAACGCAGAAAAGAAAAGGAGAGAGAGGCUUCCACCAAUAUCGAUAAGCUGCAGCAGCAAACGAGAGAUUUGGAGAGAAAGGUGAGAGAGACGGAGCAAGAAAGGGACUUCUACAGAGGGGAGAGGAAUAGGCUGCGUGAUGCUAUGCUUAGCACCGCUGAAAUGCGACAUCUAGCCCUACAGUCACCGCCGAGCCCCGUUUCUAUGCGUUCCGCGAGUUCUUCAUUUCAAGGCCAGGGGCAGCAACGUGCAGCGCAGCAAUUUGGGGGGCAGCAGCUUGGAGGGCCGCCCAACCCUCCAAAUUACAGCUCUCAAUCCACCGCUCCUGCUGAGGAGAGAGCUCCUCGGAGACGCAGAAUGGAUGCCCAAGGCGAUUUUACCAGUUUACCAUACUCCCAUCCGCCAGCUGCAACACUGCCUCCAGUCCAGGCGCCUGGUUAUCCCUCAGCUCCGCCACAAGGCCCUCAAAGCCUGCCUCCUCUACGAAUGGAGAACGCAAAUGCCUCACAAAGUCCAGCUUCAACCCAAGCCCCUACAGCCACCCUAGGUCCCCAACCGCCUCUUGAUCCCUAUUCUCGAGGACCUUACGAGCGGGGCUGGCCUGGAGACAAUUCCCGCCGCUAG